UUCACGGUCAGGGUGAACGUUUUAUUGUUUUAAUCGGUCCAGUUUGUGAAUGAAAGCGUUGCCCAAUGUCAAAACACGAAAUAAAAACAAUGUACGUUUUCAAUGAACAGAUUUAUGAAUGGAAACCAGUAAAUUCUGAUAAAAAUCAUCUAUAUAUGUUCCCACCAGAAUCUCCGUUAGACAAAUUAAUAUCUAAAACUAACGGCAAGCGAAGAAGACAAUCAAACAUGAAGACAGGUGUAGCGUUUAUUGGUACCAUCCUGUUAUGGGUUUCUCUAGUUAGUGCUUUCGGUGGCAGCGAGGACAGAUUUAUCAAAAAAUAUGCCAUGAUGAAGAUCUAUGAAAGUUGUUUCGGAAGCGAAGUAGUGAGGCAAAUUCGGAAAGAAAUGAAGGCUGCUUGUACUAAAUGUGCGUCUUAUGAAGAGCCACCUUCAACACCAGCACCUGCAAGCUCCUCAGAAGAACCACAAGCAGAUGCUCAAGCGCCUAGUGCCAACUCAGUGUAUGCUGCUGCUGGAACUGCUCCUAAUUUUGAUGCUGACAAACUUCAUCAAGCUAUAAUGGCUUAUAGACCAAAUAUGGCUCAGUCAGCGUUUAGACCUCAAUCACUUUAUCCUUCACAAGCUGCACCUGUGCCCAACAACUUUUACAGUCCAAUGGCUUUUAGUAAUCCAAAUAUGCAAGGAAUUCAAGGGAUGCAAGGAGGAAUGCCUUUCUUCUAUCCCGGUUACCAGCAAAUUUCGUUUUCACCUUACGGAGGUUUUCCUAUUGUUGGUCAACAAUAUUAUGGAGGCAGCAAUAGGAUGUCGAGAGAUAUGGAUAUAAGAGGACAAAUUGAAGCAAUAACAUCAAAAAUGAGUGGCAAAGUAAGAAAUGUAACCUGCGUAAUGCAAGAGCUUGGCUACUUGGAUGAAAAUCUCGAACCAAACUAUGCUAAGAUUAAUGAAAGAAUUGGAAAUUUGCCUGUCAACGAUGAACUUAGACGAGACAUGCAAGACGGUGUAACGUUCUGCCAACAAUUUUCGCAAUGUGUUCCAGAAGUGAAAAAAGACAAAUCGCCAUUGUCUCGCGAACUAAUCCGUCCGAUGUUCUUUUUCAAAUGCUACAAACACAAAAAAUUGGAGGCUUGUAUAAUGAAAGACGUAAGAGAAAAAUAUGCUGGAGUGGCUGAUGAUGAUUUCGAAAGUGGAGAUGUCGAGUUGAGGAGGACUGGAAGGGAAGGAAAACUUAUGAACAGUGACAAAGAAAAGGAAGUUGAUGAUUUGGCUGCUUCUAUGUACGAAUUUUUGUAUGCCAGCGACAGUGGAUUUGAUAUUGAUGGUAUUUUAUAAAACUAGGCUUUUUUCAAGAUCUUUAUUACCUCAGGCUUUGCCAUAAACUAGACUUUUGUGUAAUGGUUGCUCAAUACUUUAUUCAAGGCACAUUUUAAAAAUGUAUUCUCCUUCAUCACACUUCGCACCUAUUUAUUUCAUUUUGGUUUUAGAAUAGUUUAAGGUAUUGACUUUUGGAUUUUUGCAAUGGAAUAGUCCAGAUUUUAUUAUAUAAAAACUAAUAUAGGGCGUGAUUGUAUUGCGAAAAUUCGACCCAAUGAUGAAGAAAUAAAUAUUAUUUUUUAUUGA